AUGUACCCCUCUCCUGAGGUUGAACAACAUAGUGAGAAGGAUGACGAUUCCUCCAGUUCUGAGAAGGACAUGGCUGUUGAAGGUUUGUGCUCUCUAGGGCAAACUGUGUCUGGUAAAGGAAAAUCUGUGGCAUCUAAAACUGCCAAUGCUUCCCACUCUGAGAAGCAUGAUGAUACAAACGAUGUGAUUGACCUAGAGGAUGAUAGGUAUGAUGAUCAAGAGGAUAUCUUACUUCAUCAUUUAAAGCCAAGUGUGGCUAAACGCAUGAAGACUCGAAAAGGAAGAUUUGUGGCUGAACUUAUGUCAGCUAGAAAAACUAAGAAGACUGCUAGUAUUGGUCUCUCCAAAUCUUGGAGCAAGUGCUAUGAGGGUUUAGUUAAGGAAUUCAUUGUAAACAUUCCUAAGGAUAUUGCUGAUAAGAACAACAAGGAAUUUUGCAAGGUGUUUGUGAGAGGUAAGUGUAUCACAUUCUCUCCCACUGUUAUUAACAAUUUUCUGGGAAGAAAAGUUGAGGGUGCAGGUGAAUUGGAAGCUACAGACAAUGAGGUCUGUAGAGAGAUUACAACUAGGCAGGUGAAAGGUUGGCCUGUUAAAAAGCAUCUUUCUGCUGGGAAGUUGACUGUCAAAUUUAUGUUUGAGCAAAUCAUCAAGCAUGCUUCUACUAAUGCAGUUAAGCUGCCUAUUGCUUUUCCCUCUAUGAUCUGUGGGAUUAUCCUGAAACAACACCCUGGUAUUCUGAGUUCUAAUGACUUACCUAGUAGAAGAAAACCUGCUCUGUCUGUGCAUUAUAAAUUAUUUGAAGGAAGUCAUGUCGAGGACAUUGUCAUGACAUCUGCCAUGAAAAAGCCAGCCUCAAAAGUUGGAACAAUUGUUGAGCUUAAGGAGACUUGUAAAGAGCUGGGUGAAGGGAUAAGGGUAGCAACAGCUAGGAAAUAA